GGGGCGUCGCGGCGAGGGCCCGAGACCACACGGCGAGAGCGAAGGCGUUGACGCAAUCCGGCCAGAGAGCGCGAGCGGCUGGGCGAACACCUGCAUCUCUCCUUUUGAAUCGAGCUUUUUGCCAAAAUCAUGGACUUCUACAAAAAUCUGACCGUUUCAGACUGGGCCUCCCUCAUUCCCUUUGGUAUUGCAUGCGCUGCAGUUGGGUUUGGGGUCAAGACGGUCGUGGACAAAAAGAUUGGUAGUCCUUGCAAUCCCAGUAUCAGGAAAGGAGAGUCCAAGGUCGUUGAUACUGUGGACAUCGAAGAUAUAGGCAAUAAGGCUGUCUUCUGCCGUUGCUGGCGCAGUAGCAAGUUCCCAUAUUGCGACGGCACCCACAAUGGACAUAAUGUUGCAUGCGGGGACAAUGUAGGACCCCUCAUCGUUAAGAAGAAGGAUUAAAGAAGCAAAUAGAAGAGUAUAGUGAGCACAUUAGAACCAUCUCCCUGGCACAGUGAGCUCUAAAGACAUUGCAGCUUGUAGUGAUUAUAAUCUAUCACAGUACAGUAUACUAUAUUAUCCACUUGUGUGUCUCAGACAAAAUGUAGUGAAAUGUAUGUAUCUGAUUAUGAUUGCAAUGAUUUGAAAACUGCACAGGUUUGAUUUUAAUGUAAAUUUUAAAAGAUGGGUAUUUUACAUUUGAACAACUACAAAAUAAUAGUAAAUGAGUUUGAUUUGUGUGCCAGGUUAUACCUAGUACAAAAAUGUGCUUGUCUUAAUUUUUCUUUGUUAAAUCUUCUAAUUUGUUUUUGUACAUUGCUUUCCAAAACCCCCCCACAGAAAUGGGAAAGUUUUAAGAAAAUUACUUGCAUUUGAGAUGGUCUUUUGUCUUUUGCGAUAUAUAUAAAAAGUUGAACGGUAAGCAAGGAAUGUAUUAAACAAGGCUGUGAAGACGAGAUAAAAUAUGUCUAAUUGCUUGCAGGUUCUUUGUAAAUACAGGGUCAGAUUUGUCAGUGCUAUACCUCAGUUUAGAUUUGAUCAAUAAUUAAUUCAAUAAUAUAAAUAACUAAAGCUAUUGUUGUCAUUGCCAAAAGUUGAACUUUGAAUGAAUAAACUUGCAUGAUUUUAUAAGACUUUAAAUCUGCAUAUUUUCCUUUUUAUUGGUCAUCUGAAGAAGGUAGCUAUUUCUGUUAUUUUUCUGUUAAAACAUGCAGGAGAGAAAAGAAAAUACAAGUUAUUUUGUCAAUAAAUACACAUGACAAAUUAA